GCGCCGGCGGCUGCGUCGAGCUCGCCGCGGACCCAAGAUGGCGGCGUGUGGACGUGUACGGAGGAUGUUCCGCUUGUCGGCGGCGCUGCAGCUGCUGCUGCUGCUCGGGGCGGCCCGGGCCGAGAAACUACCGGGCCAGGCCUCCCACGGCCAGGGCCAGGGCCCGGUGCCCAACUUUGUGCUCCCUGGGGGACCGGGUGGAGGCGGCGGCGGACCGGCGGGGCAGCCGCUGCUCCAGGUGCAGCCACAGCAGCAGCAGCAGCAGCAGCAACAGCAACAGCAGCAGCAGCAGCAACAACAGCAACAACCACCUCAGCCGCCGCAGCCACCUUUCCCGGCGGGUGGGCCUCCGGCCCGGCGGGGCGGAGCAGGGCCCGGCGGGGCCGGCGGUGGCUGGAAGCUGGCGGAGGAAGAGUUCUGCAGGGAGGACGUGACCCGCGUGUGUCCCAAGCACACCUGGAGUAACAACCUGGCGGUGCUCGAGUGCCUGCAGGACGUGAGGGAGCCUGAAAAUGAAAUUUCUUCAGAUUGUAAUCAUUUGUUGUGGAAUUAUAAGCUGAACCUAACUACAGAUCCCAAAUUUGAAUCUGUGGCCAGAGAGGUUUGCAAAUCUACCAUAUCAGAGAUUAAAGAAUGUGCUGAUGAACCAGUAGGAAAAGGUUACUUGGUUUCCUGCUUGGUGGAUCACAGAGGCAACAUCACAGAGUACCAAUGUCACCAGUACAUCACCAAGAUGACGGCCAUCAUUUUCAGUGAUUACCGUCUAAUCUGUGGCUUCAUGGAUGACUGCAAAAAUGACAUCAACAUUCUGAAAUGUGGCAGCAUUCGGCUUGGAGAAAAGGAUGCGCACUCACAAGGUGAAGUGGUAUCAUGUUUGGAGAAAGGCCUGGUGAAAGAAGCAGAAGAAGGAGAUCCCAAGGUUCAAGUCUCUGAAGUCUGCAAGAAAGCCAUUCUCCGUGUGGCUGAGCUGUCCUCCGAUGACUUUCAUUUAGAUCGGCAUUUAUACUUUGCUUGCCGAGAUGAUCGGGAGCGUUUUUGUGAAAAUACACAAGCUGGUGAAGGCAGAGUUUAUAAGUGCCUCUUCAACCAUAAAUUUGAAGAAUCCAUGAGUGAAAAGUGUCGAGAAGCACUAACAACCCGCCAGAAGCUGAUUGCCCAAGAUUACAAGGUCAGUUAUUCAUUGGCCAAGUCCUGUAAGAGUGACUUAAAAAAAUUCCGGUGCAACGUGGAAAACCUUCCCCGGUCCCGGGAAGCCAGGCUGUCCUACCUUCUGAUGUGUCUGGAGUCAGCUGUGCAUAGAGGGCGACAAGUGAGCAGUGAGUGCCAGGGAGAGAUGUUGGAUUACCGCCGCAUGUUGAUGGAAGACUUCUCUUUGAGCCCUGAAAUCAUCCUGAGCUGUCGGGGGGAGAUCGAGCACCAUUGUUCUGGAUUACAUCGAAAAGGCCGAACCCUCCACUGUCUGAUGAAAGUAGUUCGAGGGGAGAAAGGGAAUCUUGGAAUCAACUGCCAGCAGGCGCUUCAAACACUGAUUCAGGAGACUGACCCUGGUGCAGAUUACCGCAUUGAUAGAGCUCUGAAUGAAGCUUGUGAAUCUGUCAUACAGACGGCCUGCAAACACAUACGACCCGGAGACCCAAUGAUCCUCUCAUGCCUGAUGGAACAUUUAUACACAGAGAAAAUGGUAGAAGACUGUGAACACCGUCUGUUAGAGCUACAGUAUUUUAUCUCCCGAGAUUGGAAGCUGGACCCUGUCUUAUACCGCAAGUGCCAGGGAGAUGCAUCUCGUCUCUGCCACACCCACGGCUGGAACGAAACCAGUGAAUUUAUGCCUCCCGGAGCUGUGUUCUCUUGUCUGUACAGACAUGCCUACCGCACGGAGGAGCAGGGCAGGAGGCUCUCACGGGAGUGCCGAGCUGAAGUCCAGCGGAUCCUUCACCAGCGUGCCAUGGAUGUUAAGCUGGAUCCCGCGCUCCAGGAUAAGUGCCUGAUUGACCUGGGCAAAUGGUGCAGUGAGAAAACAGAGACCGGACAGGAGCUUGAAUGCCUCCAGGAUCAUCUUGAUGACUUGGCGGUAGAGUGUAGAGACCUAGUCGGCAACCUCACCGAGUUGGAAUCGGAGGAUAUUCAAAUAGAAGCCUUGCUGAUGAGAGCCUGCGAGCCCAUAAUUCAGAACUUUUGCCACGAUGUGGCAGAUAACCAGAUAGACUCUGGGGACCUGAUGGAGUGUCUGAUACAAAACAAACACCAGAAGGACAUGAAUGAGAAGUGCGCCAUUGGAGUCACCCACUUCCAGCUGGUGCAGAUGAAGGAUUUUCGGUUCUCCUACAAGUUUAAAAUGGCCUGCAAAGAGGAUGUGUUGAAACUUUGCCCCAACAUAAAGAAGAAGGUGGACGUGGUGAUCUGCCUGAGCACCACCGUGCGCAACGACACUCUGCAGGAAGCCAAGGAGCACAGGGUGUCCCUGAAGUGCCGCAAGCAGCUGCGCGUGGAGGAGCUGGAGAUGACAGAGGACAUCCGUCUGGAACCGGAUCUGUACGAAGCCUGCAAGAGUGACAUCAAGAACUACUGUUCCACGGCGCAAUAUGGCAACGCCCAGAUUAUUGAAUGUCUGAAAGAAAACAAGAAGCAGCUGAGUACCCGUUGCCACCAGAAAGUUUUUAAGCUGCAGGAGACAGAGAUGAUGGACCCAGAACUAGAUUAUACGCUCAUGAGGGUCUGCAAGCAGAUGAUAAAGAGAUUCUGUCCAGAAGCAGAUUCCAAAACCAUGUUGCAGUGCUUGAAACAAAAUAAAAACAGUGAAUUGAUGGAUCCCAAAUGCAAGCAGAUGAUAACCAAGCGCCAGAUCACCCAGAACACAGAUUACCGCCUAAACCCUGUGUUAAGGAAAGCCUGUAAAGCCGACAUUCCUAAGUUCUGUCACGGUAUCCUGACUAAGGCCAAGGAGGAUUCGGAACUGGAGGGCCAAGUCAUCUCUUGCCUCAAGCUGAGAUAUGCUGACCAGCGCCUCUCUUCAGACUGCGAAGACCAGAUCCGGAUUAUUAUUCAGGAGUCUGCUCUAGAUUACCGACUCGAUCCUCAGCUCCAGCUGCACUGCUCAGAUGAGAUCUCCAAUCUGUGUGCCGAGGAAGCAGCAGCCCAGGAGCAGACGGGUCAGGUGGAGGAGUGCCUCAAAGUUAACCUGCUCAAGAUCAAAACAGACAUGUGCAAAAAGGAGGUGUUAAACAUGCUGAAGGAGAGCAAAGCAGACAUCUUCGUGGACCCAGUUCUUCACACAGCGUGUGCCCUGGACAUCAAGCACCACUGUGCAGCCAUCACCCCCGGCCGCGGGCGCCAAAUGUCCUGCCUCAUGGAGGCCCUGGAGGACAAGCGGGUGAGGUUACAGCCGGAGUGCAAAAAGCGCCUCAAUGACCGGAUUGAGAUGUGGAGUUACGCAGCGAAGGUGGCCCCCGCGGACGGCUUCUCCGACCUCGCCAUGCAAGUGAUGACCUCCCCGUCCAAGAACUACAUUCUCUCCGUGAUCAGCGGGAGCAUCUGUAUAUUAUUCCUGAUCGGCCUGAUGUGUGGACGGAUCACCAAGCGAGUGACACGAGAGCUCAAGGACAGGUAGAGCCGCCUCGGCCGCCGAAGGAACUGCCUGUCCAGGACGUAGUUUGUACAGCCCUCCUGUAUAGCGAACCCACUCACCUCGUCCUUCUCAGAGGUUCCACCGACAAACACCCGUGUCAGAGCAGCAGCAGGUACCACUGCAUCGUCCCAUCUCAGACCUCACCCACGUCCUGGUGUCCCUCCUUCCGACCGUCUGCGCAGCAUCAGCCGCCGGCCGCUUUGGUUAUCGCCGUUGUUGGCAGACAUAGGUUUACCUGUAGACAAGUCUCUCUCAUGCCAAUGGAACCACAGGUACUUCCAGAACCAACUCAUCUGACCUGCAACUCAAAUGAUUUCUUUAAAAAAAAAAAAAAUCACCAAAAAAAGGAGAGAAAUUUUUAAAGAAAGGAAAAAAUGUAUAUAGUAACACACCUCCUCCAAGCUUGAUUUGGGCAGUGGGUUCUUCCUUCCGUGUGACUGUGUACGAUGAAGACAGGACGUUAAAGGGGAAACGCACCACCCAACAUGCUACAACCGGGAUGUCUUGCUCAUUUCUCAAAAGCACCAUUGGGCCAUGCCAGGGCCACGGACUUCACCAAGUGGUGGGAAACCACUAACCAGCCAACUUCGGAUCCUGUUUUCUUCUGCUGAAACAGUGAUGCCUUCCAGUUUCCACCCUAACAGAGCCACUGCUGGUCAAGACCCCACUCCAUGGCCAUAUGUAUUCCUACGAUCUCCUCAGCUCCGUGAAGUGGAGCAGGAGGCUCUGUAGGCCAAGGGCAAAUGGAUUGGUGGGGGGAGAUCAAAACUCUGUGAUGCUGAUCUGCACUGAGAGGUGGACCCGGGUCCCCAGGCAGCAGAGUCCCAGUGCCCUCCCUCAGCCAGGCCAGUGCGGGACUCGGCUGCCUGGGAUGGCCCCUGCUGGGGCAGCGGGUGCUCCAGAAGUCCUGCCCGGAAGCAGCGCAUGUGGGGGCGGGGCUCGGGGCAGGAAGGAGGAGCCAGGGCUUGGUUAACUUUGCUUUAUGUUGCAGGUCAGGUCAGUGGCUUAGAAAGAUGCAGCCUGGUCUCAGGUGUGACUGCAGUCCAGCCCGACCUUUUUGCAGGCUCCGAGCCACCUUCCUAGACAGCCCCUUUAUGCCUCUACCUGGAGAGGGCGUGGAAAGUUCUUACAUUAAAAGAUGGAGACUUUUCUCCAUUCUUCUUCCUUUCUGUCCGUUUGCUGCGGACACCCAACGGUAGAAGGCAUUGGGUAAAGGUUAUACUUUGGUGAUUUGUCCGUCUUUUCAGAAUCUGAGCUUAAUGGGAGCAGUAUUCCUGGCCACCCUCCCUCGCCCCGUAGUGUGCAGGUGGCAGGUUGGAGUGUUCAGAGGGAGGAUGCAGGCAUCAUGGUUCUACCCAGCACGGCUUGGCUGGACUUGGGGCAUGGAGUCACAGUGGCUGCCUCAGAGGGCGGCGUGUACAGUAGGAGAUAUAUUUAUAUAAUAUAUAUUUUAUUAACCUGUUAGACGUCCACAAAGUGUUAUAAAUCAUGUGCCUAAAACUGUCUGCAUAGACCAUGGCGCCCCUCCCCCCGCCCCUUGGCCACCAUCCGUGUGUGCCGGGACCCACACAUUCGUCCCCCCUGCGGUGUGUUCAGUACAGAGUGGUCAGUUCACGGGUCAGCUGGUCCACACUGCUCCUGGUCUGACCUGACUGACGUCUGUUUGAUACUGUGGUGUUCUUUUUCUUUUAUUUCUCCUUGCAACCUUUCCCGGAGGCAGUGGGUUCCAGAAGCCAGCUGUGUGUCGCCCCUGCCUGAGGGAGCCACUGCGCUGCUUGGUUCCUUCGGUCCUGCUCUUAGGUCUUCCUGAUGCUUAGCAACUGAGACUCUUCCGUCUCGUAAAACUUGAAACUCUUGAAUCUGAGCAACACCCCUACCAUCUCCACGGUUGGACCAAAUUGAGCUGGCCCACGCCAUUUCCCCAGGGGUUCCCAUGUGGGUGGUGGAGGUUGCUGAGGCUUGGGAUCGAGAAGUGGGGGUGUCCUCUACACGCAGGCCCCCCUGACGUGUCCGGUGUUGUUUACAGGAUGAGAUUAACGUUCGCCAUUUGGAGGGGCUGGUACCAUCUCAUCUCUGCAGUCUCCCUCCCUAUUCAUGUAAAACAUCUCCAUAGUUUAACGCCUCGAUGUUUCUGUUCUUUCUGAGCUGAGACGAUCUCCUUCGUUGUCUGCAGCAGAGGCGGGAGUUUGAGGGGUUUGAUUCUUGAAACUUUUGUCGCCUUUAGAGAUGGU